UUAUUUCUACGUGGUGGCUUUGAAAUUAAAAGACGGCAAGGAACCUACAUCAUCUGACAGUUACGAGAACAAUGAGUUAGUGACGUAUGCCGAGGCAAGAAAAUCAACCAAUCCGAAACCUUAUAUCGCUGCAGUUGUUGCAUCCAGCGAAGUUGAUGGAAAUAUGUUUAUACUUGGUGAUAGCAGAAAUACAAGUGAUCCAACCUCACGAAGACGCAGAUCAACCUCAAGUGAUUAUUAUUAUAAUGGUCCGCUGGAGCCUGGCAGUAGUUAUAGUAUUUUUCAAAGGAUUGUACUCAGUGACAAGGUAUCGUACUUGGUGGUUAUCACACUUUAG